UCAAUGUCCAUAGUAAAAGAGAACUUAGUCAUACUCUUAGUCCCUGGCCGCUACUGAUUGAGCGUCAUUUGGUCGCUUCGUAGUGCGCGGAGCUCUACAUCAACUAUGGCUCCAGUCGUCGCCGCCGUUGUCCCUCCACCGCCGACCCCCAAGAUCAAACGUCCACCGCCGCCGGGUAUCCAGACAAAUGGCGUAUCUUCAUUACAAUCUUCCCCGUCUCCAAAUAUGACUGCUAAGCGCCCUCCAUCCGCCGUCGCUAAACAGCAGCAACAACAACAUACAUCGAAUUCAUCCUCGACGAACGGUACUAACGGGACUACCCAUCGACCCGGCGUAGCCCGUUCGAGACGCGAUACAUCUAGUCAGGUUCAGGGACGAAAUCAGAGGAAUAAUGUAUCCCUGAGGUCAGCUACAUUGGCUCCCGACACGUCGUUACAUAGAUCGUUCGAGCCGCGUCCAGAUGUUGUUACCGAUGCCUAUAUUCUAAAGAAAUAUUCCGGGCACCCCCCAUCGCUGAUCGUACAUCUACAUCCUAAUCAUUUUCGAUUCGAUAUGCAAGAUAGCGUUUUCCCAUACAAAUCUCCAAUGAGGGCCUUUCUAGAUCACGUCAGAAACCGAACAGUACCACACGACAUGUUACAGGAUCUCAACGAAGCCGGUGUUGCUUUUUACGAAGGUUGCCUAAUCGUACAAGUACAUGAUCACAAGACUGCCGCGCAAGUUAAGGAUGUUGCGCGUCCAGCCUCCAAAUCUACCUCAGAGAAACCCUCCUCGAUUCAUAACUAUAACCCUUAUAUAACUCCCUCUCCCUAUGUCCCAUUUCCCAAGGACAGCGCUGAAAAUGGGUUCCAAGAAGGCGACGUAAAGCCCGCGCAUGAUGACUUAAACGAUAAGGAGAACAUGCCGGCUCCACCUGCUCCUACUGAUGGGCAGAAAGCUAAGGCCCAGGCAGAAGUUAAGAUCUUUACGGUCGUCCUUCAUCCAACCCCGCAAAGUUUACACAUGGACUUGAUGAUCAAGGCCUGUACGCCACGUGGAUCUGGUGAUGCGAAGGCCGGUGGGGAUUCUAAUGUCAUACCGCCCACCCCGAUAUCUGCUGUGCCUCCAACUCCAACUGCAGCGAACAUGCCACCGCCGGCGAAGAAAGCGAAGAGAGAAAAGAUGGAAUUGGACGGGAGCAAUAUAUACGCCGCUGAAGCACAGAUCCUACUUGCGACCUCGGCUCCGCUAAACUUAGAAGUGCCCAAAAAUAGAGAAGAUGCCGUCAUACUUCUGCUUAAGCACAUGGCUGAUCCGAAACACUCCGAGCCUCCGCCUGAGCCAAAGGCUCGGAAACGGACUGUAGCUGAAAGGGCCGCCGACGAGGCCUUGGCUGCAGAGCAAGAGAAAUAUAUGCUUACAUACGAUGAGCGCCGCUCCGCUAAUACUGGCGGUGCUCAGACUGGUGCUGAUGGUGCUGAUGGUGACGGCCAAUCCGGUGCAGCUACUUUUGAGCCUCGAUUUGAGAGAUUCAAGGUACUUGCUGAUAUUAAGAGUGCGCAUAAGGCGAAGAAAGAGCAGGAGAAGAUUCAGCAGGCAGAAAAUGAGCGCAAGCUUCAAAUCCAGAAGCAGGAACAGGCCGCAUUACUACAACGGCAGCAAGCCGAACAAGAAAAAUCACGCCGCGAAGAAGCUCAGCGGCAAGCGCAGAUACGACAGCAGCAGCAGCAGCAGCAACAGGAAGCACAGCGGCGUGCUAUAGCCCAGCAGCAGGCCCAAGCCCAGCAGGCCCAGGCUCAAGUUCAAGCACAGGCUCAAGCACAGGCACAGGCACAGGCUGCACAAUCGCCCCCGAACGCGCAAAUAAACCAAAUACCGCAGUCGUCUCACGGGCACCCAGUACAAAACGGGCUUGCUAACGGUGUCAUGUCGGCUCAGGCUCCUCACAGGUUCCCGCAGCAGGUCUCACAAGCGCCUGUCUCAUCUCCGGUCGUUCGCCAGAACACGCCGCAAAAUAUGUCGAGUCCUAUGGUUGGAAACGUGCCGAUGCAACAGACUAAUUCCGGUAUGGGUGCCAGUCCUCAAAGGCCGUCCUCUGUUGUGCAGAGCCACGGGCCGAUGUCCGCGCCCAUGGCUGUUAGCAUGUCUGCAAGGGGUAGUCAGCAAAGUCAUCCCUCGAACACGCCUCGUAUGCCGAGCGCGACACCACAGAUGUCGCACGGUACCCCGAUUAAUCGACCGAUGCCCACGCCCCGGAUGAGCCAAGCCAGCCCACCCCCGGGCAUGAUGGCCCAAAACUCGCAUAUGGGCCAAAUGCUCAUGGGCAAUCAGAAUAUGGGCCAGCCUAUACCUAACCAGAUGAUGGUGGCUCAGAUAGCGCAGCAGCAGCGUCAACGGAUUGCUCAACAGCAACAGCUUCAAGCUAUGCAGAAUGGGAUGAUGAACGGGCAGAAUCCACAAAUGCAUAACCAAAUGUUACAGAAUCAAUUUAUGCGCCAGCAGAUGAUGAACAUGAACAUGCAAAAUCCCAAUAUGCUAACUGCUACUCAGCAGGCACAGCUUCAACGAUACCAGCAACAGAUGAGCAAUAUGCAGCAGCAGCAACAGCACCCGCAAAUGCAAGGACAAAUGCCCAACCAGCAAAUGGGUAAUCAGAAUUUUAUGAACGCUGGCAACGGUAUGAAUCCCGCUCAGAUAGCUGCCAUGCAACAGAUGCAGCAGCACAUGCAACAACAGCAGCAGCAGCAGCAGCAGCAGCAGCAGCAGCAACAGCAGCAGCAACAGCAACAACAACAAGGUCAGCACCCAGGAAAUGGACCCAACCCUUUUGCGGUGCAAAUACGGCAGAGGCAGCAGCAGCUCUACCGCGCGAACAUCACACAAUUUGCGGAACGGUUUGGUGGCCCCCAGAACGUGCCUCCCGACAUUCACGAUCAGUUCAAACAGAACUGCUUGAGGAAGGCCCAGGAGUCGUUACAGCGUGAUAUUGCUCAGCGGCGGCAACAGAUGGCUCAAAACAUGCAGAAUGGCAUGCAUAACGGGAUGCCAAACGGGAUGCCAAACGGGAUGUCGAAUGGGGUGCAAGGUGGUAUGCAAAAUGGGAUGAAUGGGAUGAAUGGGAUGAACGGAAUGAUGUAGUAAGGGACGGUGGCUGAAAUACAUAACAGAAACGUUGUGGCCACAGCUACGUUCGUAUUGGAAUUGUACAAACAGACGGGCCCGGGGUAGCAUCAGAUGGGGUAUCGUUUAUACGUGCGACUUAUAUGGCGUUUAUAGGAGCAAUGGGGGUGUACAGGGCUACAAAGCCGUAGCAUUAUCGAGGUAUCCCCUCGGGACCAGGCGGGUCAGGUUUAUUUCUAUUAUACCCAUUUCGCUAGUUUGCUACGGGAUCACGAACAACAAAACAUGUUGGAUGGAAGGGAUCCUUUAGAUAAGAAGCGCAGAAUCAGAAUUCGUAUUCAUCUUUAAUAUCCAUUCGAGUCC